CCUGGUGGUCCACACACUUUAUGUUCAAAGAUCAAAGCAUGCAAUGUGAUUUUUGGUGAUUUUAUUAUCCUUUCAAAGAAUGUUGCACGUGUUUAAUUGAAGUGUCAUAUUUUUUACAGUUCGUGCACUAAAAGUGCAUAAACAUAGUGUUUAUUUUGAAUUUGUUAUUAAUUGAAAACCUCUUCUAGUGGGCAAAUUUAAUUUUUAUUGCUGAAGGAUAAAAAUAACAAUCAACAACCAUGCCACCAAAAAGGGCAAUGGAAGAAACCGAUCGGUUAACUAGAAUUGCGAUAGUCAAUUCUGAUAAAUGCAAACCUAAGCGUUGUAGACAAGAAUGUAAACGUUCUUGCCCUGUGGUAAGAAUGGGAAAGCUUUGUAUUGAAGUAACACCGAACAGUAAAAUAGCUUCGAUUUCUGAAGAGCUUUGCAUUGGAUGUGGUAUUUGUGUGAAAAAAUGUCCAUUUGAAGCUAUAUCAAUUAUAAAUCUACCAAGUAAUUUAGAAAAGGAAACUACCCAUCGGUAUUCCAAAAAUUCCUUCAAAUUACACAGAUUGCCAAUACCUCGACCUGGUGAAGUUCUUGGUUUAGUUGGUACUAAUGGAAUUGGUAAAUCUACUGCUCUUAAAAUAUUGGCCGGAAAGCAGAAACCUAAUUUAGGUCAAUUUACUAAUCCUCCUGAUUGGACAGAAAUUCUGAGUCAUUUCAGGGGCAGUGAAUUGCAAAAUUAUUUCACAAAAAUUCUCGAAGAUGAUUUGAAGGCUCUUAUUAAACCACAAUACGUUGAUCAGAUUCCAAAAGCUGUUCGAGGAACUGUUCAACAAUUGUUAGACAAGAAAGAUGAAACAAAUAGUCAAAUUGAAAUUUGCAAAAUGCUUGAUUUAUUGCACAUAAGAGACAGAGCAAUUGAUGCACUCUCUGGAGGUGAAUUGCAAAGAUUUGCUUGCGCUAUGGUGUGCAUUCAAGAUGGAGAUAUAUUCAUGUUUGACGAACCAUCGUCAUAUUUGGAUGUUAAACAGCGACUAAAUGCUGCUGUGACUAUCAGAUCCCUUAUACAUCCAGACAAAUUCAUCAUUGUUGUGGAACAUGAUUUGUCAGUGUUGGAUUACUUGUCGGAUUUUAUAUGUUGUUUGUAUGGCGUUCCUGGCGCCUAUGGCGUUGUAACAAUGCCUUUCUCCGUUCGAGAAGGUAUUAAUAUUUUCCUCGAUGGAUUCGUUCCAACUGAAAAUUUGCGUUUUAGAGAAGAAUCACUUGUAUUUAAAGUGGCUGAAAGUGCCACUGAAGAAGAAGUGAAACGCAUGAAUCAUUAUGAAUAUCCAGCUAUGAAAAAAACAAUGGAAUCUUUUUCUCUUGUUGUUGAAAGAGGACAAUUUACUGAUUCUGAAAUAAUUGUUUUAUUAGGCGAAAAUGGAACUGGAAAAACUACAUUUAUAAGAAUGCUUGCUGGCAAUUUAUCUCCAGAUGAGGGAAAUGAUAGUAUUCCUCAACUUCAUAUAAGUUAUAAACCGCAAAAAAUCAGUCCCAAAUCACAGGGUAUUGUUAGACAACUAUUACAUGAAAAAAUAAGGGAUGCAUACUUGCAUCCUCAAUUUAUAACGGAUGUGAUGAAACCGUUAAGAAUUGACGAUAUUAUGGAUCAGGAAGUUCAAAAUUUGUCGGGAGGGGAAUUACAACGUGUUGCUAUGGCACUUUGUUUGGGUAAACCUGCUGAUGUUUAUUUAAUUGAUGAACCAUCAGCUUAUUUAGAUUCAGAACAACGUUUAGUUGCAGCAAAAGUAAUUAAACGAUUUGUUCUUCAUUCAAAGAAAACUGGAUUUGUUGUGGAACAUGACUUUAUUAUGGCGACUUAUCUUGCUGAUAGGGUGAUUGUUUUUUCUGGAACUCCAUCUUUAUGCACAGUUGCACACAGUCCACAAUCUUUAUUAAAUGGAAUGAACAGAUUUUUGGAACUUUUAGGAAUUACUUUUAGAAGAGAUCCUAAUAAUUUCAGACCACGAAUCAAUAAAAAUCAAUCGGUUAAGGACCUGGAACAAAAGAGAGCCGGACAAUACUUCUUCCUGGAAGAAUGAUUCUGGAAUAGUAAUUUGAAAAGUGGAAGAUCUGUUCUAUGAAUUUGUAAUCUUUCAGUUUAAUGACGGAUUUUAAUUAUAAAAUUUAAACAUCAAAAAGAAAAAAUUAAAUAAUCAUACUGUACGCAUGAAUUUAAUAAAUCUUUACCACUUUAUAAAAA